ACAAUCUAUACUCAUAUGAUGAAUUUGAAGGUGAAAACACUUCUAAAAAUUUUUUUAUAUUCCGUAGUGGGCCCAGUAUUUUUAUAUUACUUGUUUUUUUCUUUUCUAUACUACCAAGAAUACUUAACGGGGUUUAACGGAGAAAACUUAAAAGAGAAAAAUCCAUUGUAUAGUAUAUACACGAAAAAUAAUGAUACCGAUUAUUUAAAACAUGUAUUUAUUGUAUUAGAACGUUUAGGCUUCAAGCAGACUCAUAACAAAUUUAAUUGGGACUUACUGUGGGCACAUGAUUAUCCGUUUAGAACUUUAAAUUCUAGCUUAAGUAAAUUAAAAACUCAUCAACGCGUUAAUCAUUUCCCCGGUUGUGGAUAUAUUACUAAUAAAGUAGAUUUAUCAAUAACGGAGGGGCACUACACUUUAGCUGCAUUUAAGAUACCGGAACAACGCGAUGAAUUUUUAGAAUACGCUAACAAACAUCCUGAAAAGAUGUUCGUGCAAAAAUCGAACGAACAUCGGGGUAUUAGUAUAAAAAAUGUGAACGAUAUAAAUGUUACAACAGCUGGAUCUUUUGUACAAGAAUUUAUACAACGACCAUUUCUUGUAGAUGGAUAUAAAUUUGAUAUUGGUGUUUAUACUGUGAUUACAUCCAUCAAUCCCCUUAGAGUAUAUGUAUACAAAGGUGAUGUCCUCUUCAGGUUUUGCCCUGUAAAAUAUUAUCCGUUCGAUUCUGAAGUUUUAGAUAAAUAUGUCGUCGGUGAUGAUUAUUUGCCAAUUUGGAAUGUUCCAUCUUUGAAACAUUAUUACACUACAUUGAAAUUUUCAAUGAAAGAUUCAUUCGAUGCACACGUACGUUCGCAAGGAAAGGAUCCUGAAAAAGUAUGGAAUGGUGUUCACCAAGCAAUCAGAGAAAUUACCUUAUUGAAAGAGGGUUACAUUAAAGAAGCUGUAAAACGUUUCGAAAAUGGAAGAAAUUUUUUCGAAUUAGUUAGAAUUGAUUUUGCUCUCGAUGAUGAUUUAAAUGUUUAUAUCAUGGAGGCAAAUAUGUCUCCGAAUUUAUCUUCAGCACAUUAUGCACCGAACCAAUUAUUGUACGAACAAGUUAUAUAUAAUUUAUUUUCGUUAGUUGGCAUUGGACAAAGAAUCAGGAAAGAUUCUUUAAAAAUAAGAAAUAAGAUGGAAGAAGAAAUGGAAGUAGCUGAGAAGAAUUUAGUGGUUCUACCAGAACUUUGCAUGGAGUGUAAUGAUUGUUUUCGUGUAGAAUGUCAGCUGUGUAGUCCAUGUUUUACACCUGAAACUAAACUUAUUUUAUCUCAAAGUUACCUGGAACAUCAAAAUAAAAUGGAUUUUCAAAGAAUCUUUCCACCAGCUAUAACAAAAGAUAUGGUAUUGAAAGAUUAUACAUUAAGAAACCAAUUACUUGUUAGAUGGUACCAAGGCAAAUGUGAAUUGGAUCAUUCAUGGUGUUCAUAA